AUGCCUCAGGUAAAACAACCAAAUUUGGUUUCUUGCAGCGGCGGCAGAGGCGGCGCGCAGCCAGAAGCCGCUGCGGCAGCUGCACUCCGCGCCGCCGGACCGCCGAGGCCUCCAGAAGAAAGCGCGCCCCACAUCCGGCCCGCACGUGCCUAUAUAUACAGUGGAGAGCGGGGCGGCGCGACGCCCACAGUGCACAUGGCAGCCAUGUCGCCCGUCACGCUGAUGUUGGCAUGCUGCACCAUAUUGCUGCUUGUGUCGUUGUGCGCAAUUCCUGUGGAAGCAUCAAGCACCAAGCUGCGCAUCCGCUUCCCGCAGCGCAUCGAGGUGCUGCACCGCCACCAGACGCUGCACCAGUACGCGGGCCGCUUCCCGUACGGGGCGCCGCUGCCGGCGGCCCACAAGCGGAGGCGGCUGUCGCCCGCGCGCAAGGCGUCCCGCCCCCGGAGGCGGCGCCCCGCCCCCGGCCGCGGCCCCUACGGUCUCGACUACGCGGGGGCGUACCGCUCGUGGGCGCGCGCUCCUCCCCACGGCCGCAGGAAGAGGCCUAAGCCGCCGCCCCCGCCGCCCCCGCCGCCGCUCAGCCUGCACGGCUACGAGCCCGACGGCCGCGAGACGUACGAGGACCAGGAGCUGCGGCGGGACCGCUACCCCUACCUGUACCACUACCACUACCAGAACCAGUACCACGGCAGGCCGGACAAGAGGCCGUCCUCACACUGGGAGAAGUACCCGCCCUACGACGAGGAGUACGGUGAUCAGCAGGAGGAGUACUCAGAGGGCGGCUACGGCGAGUACGACAGCAGGAAGGCGUCCAGGUACUCUCCAGCUGGCAGCGGCGGCAGGUACCGCAAGCGGCCGCGCAGGCCGCCGCCCACGCACAGCGACGACGACCCGGAUGUCGACGGCGGCUACCCCUUCUCCAGCUCCGGCAGCUACAGCUACCCGGGCAGGAGCAGGAAGAAGCGGCCGCCGUACUACUACCACGCGGACGAGUACUUGUCGGGCGACGACCGGAUGUUCGGCCCCGCCUCCGCUACGACACCGACCGCCGCGCUGGGGGCGUGGUCGGACCCGCAGCAGGCCAGCAGCUACUGGAGCCUCCAGCACGCGGACAGCGCCUCCUCCUCUUCCUCCUCUUCCUCCUCCUCCUCUUCCCAGCAGGAGGACCACUGGAGCCGGCAUUACGCCAACCAUCGGCCCGCCAGCGAGGCUGACCGCUGGAGCCAGCAAUACUCCAGCCACCGCACGGAGGGCGCCGACGCGGACUCCGGCACCUCCGGAAGCUGGCAGGGGGUGGGAGCGGAGGACCGCCAGUGGAAGCCCGCCACCCCCGCCUCAGAGUCCGACGCCGACAUCGGCUACGGCGAGGGGAUGGUCGACGCUGACGGCACCGUCUACUGA